CACAACCAACCCCAACCCUAACCCUCUCUUCUCUCAUUUUCCUUCCCUUCCUUUCUAGUUUCUACAGCAGCUUCUCCGUUAUUCAUUCCCCUUUCCGUUUCUCUUCCCACAACACCCCUCAAUUCCUUACUUUACCAUCUUUCUCCUUUUCGGCUUCCCAACGUUCUAAUCCAUGGCAGAAGAAGAAGCUAAGAAGGCCGAGCCCGAAUGCCCUGCCCCCGCCCCUCCCGCCGCCGAUCCUCCGGCAGCUGCAGCUCCUGCUGUCGAACCACCAAAGGAUGUGGCCGAGGAGAAAUCCGUAAUUCCGGUCACUCCUCCUUCAGAGGACAAGUCUGAUAAACCUGAUGACUCGAAGGCCAUCGUACCCGUUGAGAAGGUGGCAGAAGCUGCAGUGGAAGAGGCAAAGCCUGCCGAGGGCUCUAUCAAUCGAGAUGCUGUGCUUGCCAGAGUUGAAACAGAGAAGCGGACUUCUCUCAUCAAAGCUUGGGAAGAGGCCGAGAAGAGCAAAGCUGAGAACAAAGCUCAGAAGAAGAUCUCUGCAAUCGAGUCAUGGGAGAACAGCAAGAAAGCGAACAUAGAGGCGGAGCUCAAGAAGCUAGAGGAACAACUGGAGAAGAAGAAAGCAGAGUACGCCGAGAAGAUGAAGAACAAGAUCGCCGAAAUCCACAAGCAAGCCGAGGAGAAGAGAGCCAUAACCGAAGCGAAACGAGGCGAAGAGCUGCUGAAAGCAGAGGAGAUUGCUGCAAAGUAUCGCGCCACAGGGACUAACCCAAAGAACCCACUUGGCUACGGCUGUUUCUAAACCCAAAAACAAGAUCCUUCCGUUUUUUCUUUUUAGUAUUCGGUUUGAUGUAUAUCCCUUCGCAUCAUAUUUCACCAAAACUACAAUUUGUUACUCAUGAAACAUUUCUAGUUUGUUUGUACGGCUUUCAUAGAUUCAUUAUAGGCAGCCAGGAAAAAAAUUGAAUUUGCAGCUUGUUUGUGAUUUGCAGCGUAUUUGUAUGUGUGUGAUUUUUGCUUGCUGAUGUAUUAUUUGGUAUGUUUGUAAUUUUGUGGUGUAUAUAAACACAGCAUUUUCAGGAUAUGAUAGUUUGGGGUAAUGAAAUUUGUUCAAUCUAUUCUUUAAGGUCUCUGUUUCUUGCUGAUGUUUGUUUGAGAGUGUGGUUUGAUUGGCCUGAGAGAGCUUUGGAGGUGGUGGUUUGAAAGAAAUGAUGAGCUAUGAA